UCUUCUCUACGCUGCUGGUGUUUUUGGGUGAGGAGACCCGUGUAAAAGGAAAGAAGCGGCGCGAUCUUCGUCUCUUUCAUUUUUUACGGCGAGAUCCGCUGCAAUCUUUCAGGCCUUUUCCGGCGAGAUCUGUGAGCUUAGUGUCUUUUCCCAGCGAGAUCUGUAACGUUGUGGUCUUUUUCCGGCGAGGUUGUAACGUUGUGGUCUUUUUCCCGCGAGGUCUGCGGAGCUUCGCUUAGAUGAUGGAUUGGAGGGUGGUAAAGAGAGAGACAUAGAGUUUCGCCAAGAAAGAGAGACAAAGAUCUUUGCCUUAUCUGCAAAAGAAGAGGGAGGAAAGAUCAAUCCGACGAUGCAGUUCUUUCUGGGCAGAUUAAUUUAGUGGGUUUUCUUGUCAGUAGCACACAACAACCUUGAGGCUUCUGACUUGGUGCAGAUCUCAUCAGGGACUGGCUGUUUCUCAUUGAAGCGUGAAUUCAAUUUCGGGCAUAAAGAUUUUCCGGCUCGAUUCUGAAGCACCUUAGUAGCCUAAAUACAAUCAUCAAUUGCAGGUUCAGGUCCUUCCAGUCGGUGAAGGAGGUGGCUGAUUGCCCAGCUGAUUGAGGGCUGUCAAGUUGGGCUCACGGAUUUCUUGAUUAAGGAGCAGCUGAAUACGAUCAUCAUUUGAGGGCAGCAGUUGUUUGAAUUAAUCAAAGAGGGGGACUGUUCUCUUUGGCUGAGACAAUAACAUGGCACCGAGCACGAUCCGGAAGGCCCUGGGGGCUGUGAAGGACCAGACGAGCAUUGGCCUUGCAAAAGUGGCGAGCAGCAUGGCACCGGAGCUCGAUGUCGCCAUCCUCAAGGCCACCAGCCAUGACGAGGAUCCUGCCGAUGAGAAGUACAUCCGUGAGAUCCUCAACCUCACAUCCUACUCUCGGGGCUAUGUCAGUGCUUGCAUCGCAACUGUUUCUCGGCGCCUUGGUAAGACACGCAAUUGGGUUGUCGCCCUUAAAACCCUAAUGCUUGUUCAUAGGCUUCUCACAGAUGGUGACCCCUCUUUCCAAAAUGAGAUCUACUAUGCCACUCGUCGAGGUACCCGCCUCCUGAAUAUGUCAGAUUUUCGAGAUGAGUCUCAGUCCCAUGCCUGGGACUACUCAGCAUUUGUUCGGACCUAUGCUCUUUACCUUGAUGAACGACUGGAAUUGAAAGUUUAUGAAUCAAAGCAGGGCAGUAGAGACCGGAGGCCUCCUGACUAUGAUCGCGACUCUAAUGAUUACAAUUACAAUGCUAGGUCUCCUGGCCACUAUGAUCGUGACCGUGGAUAUUAUGAUCGUGAUCGGGAUGAGCGCAGACCACCAGCUGCCCCGAGCACCCCGCUUCGUGAGAUGAAGAUAGAGAGAGUUUUGGGGAAAAUGCAGCAUCUGCAGCAGCUGCUGGAUCGAUUUUUAGCAUGUCGGCCCACAGGAACUGCGAAACAGAGCAGAAUGGUACUCAUUGCACUCUACCCAAUUGUUCGUGAGAGCUUCCAGCUCUAUGCAGACAUAUGCGAGGUCCUUGCUGUCCUCCUUGAUAGGUUCUUCGACAUGGAAUAUGCACACUGUGUCAAAGCAUUCGACGUGUAUACGAGUGCAGCAAAGCAGAUUGAUGAGCUGGCUGCACUUUAUGGCUGGUGCAAGAACACAGGUGUGGCACGUUCGUCAGAGUACCCCGAGGUGCAGAGGAUCUCCGACAAGCUUCUUGACACGUUAGACGAAUUUGUGCGCGAUAGGGCCAACCAGGACCGCAAGCCCAAGAGCCCGGAGCCAGAAGCCCCUGCUCCUCCACCACCAGAGGAGCCAAAACUAGAGGAGGAAGAGCCUGAUAUGAGAAGCAUCAAGGCAUUACCAGCGCCUCCAGAAUGGGACGAGCAGCAGCAGCAACUGCCAUCAGAGAAGCCAAAGCAGGAGACAGGCGACCUGGUAAACUUAAGCGAAGAUGCAGUCACUCUCGAAGAUCAAGCCAACAAGUUUGCCCUCGCCCUAUUCUCAGCCGACGGGGCAAAAGCAGCAUCAGGUUCGUCAUGGGAGGCAUUCCCCUCUUCCGGCAAGGAGGAGGUGACAUCAGCAUGGCAAUUAGCAGAGACCGGAAAGGCAGAGUGGGAGCUUGCAUUAGUAGAAUCAGCUAGCAAUCUCUCAAAGCAAAAGGCAACAUUAGCAGGUGGGUUUGACCCAUUGCUAUUGGAUGGAAUGUACGAGCAGGGGGAGAGCAAGCAGCAGCAGGGCGUGUUGCUCAACAGCGGGGGCAGUGCAAGCAGCGUGGUGCUUCCAGCACACAGGGGUGGAACAUUUCUUGCACUGCCCGCGCCACCCGGGGCUCCGGUUGUGGCGCAGAGUGGGGAAGAUCCAUUUGCAGCAUCUCUGGCAGUGCCACCGCCACCAUACGUGCAAAUGUCAGACUUGGAAAAGAAACAGCAGUUCCUGACCCAAGAGCAACAGCUGUGGCAGCAAUAUGCUAAGGAUGGAAUGCAGGGGCAGCUCGGGCUUGCGAAACUCCAUACGAAUGGGACCAUGCCUUAUGGGAUGCCGGCAUAUGGAAUGGGCAUUGGAGGAGCAGCAUAUGGAAUGGGCAUGGGAGGAGCAGGGUACUACACUCACCACUGAUUUCAUCUCAUCAGGCAAUUUGGCAAGCAAACAGCGGUUAUUGCUCAUUUCCUUUGCUUCAUCGUUCGCAUUGAGGGAUUCAUCAGUUGAUUUAGAGAGAGGAGAAAUGGGGAAAGUGAUGAGCUUUCUAUAUAUAUAUAUAUUUAUUUAUAUAUAUAUAUUGAGAGAGAGAUUUGGGUAUGGUGGGGCUAAUCGGGGGUAUUUGUUCUCUUUUAUUUGGGUGGUUUCUCUCACAACUACAGUUGCUUUGAAGCAAGAAAUGAGCAAGGCCCUUGAGAGUCUGUUAGUCUGUAAUUUGGAGGUGACUUUUCUUGUUUUCCCUCCCAUUUCUGUUUGUUUCUUAAACUUUUAUGCUCAUCCCCUUCGUUUGUUGGUGUUAAUAGUAGGAAAUGUUGGUGCUGGCUUUGCCUUUUGAUCUGCUUCUGUUUCUGUCUCUAUUUUGGCUGGGUUUCGCCAUUUUCUAUUUCCUGUUCUUAUGAUGUGUUAGCUUGGAUUGUUGGGAUGUCAUUAUUUUAGGUCAACGAUGGAGAGAGGUGGGGCUGAGUUUGUUGGCUUUGCACAAGUAUGCGAGCUGGGUUGGUGUAUUGUAUUAUUUUUGUCCAUUUAUCAUCUCUUUGCUUGCUCUCCUUUUAACGUCCUAUCAAGGGCGAAAUAUAGACCACAAAAGGAAAGAUUAUUUCCUGCC